AUGGGGGUCCAACUGUCGCCGAAGGUCAACCGACGAUAUUCUGUCCUUGCAUCAGUUAUUCUUGGGGCAAUCUGGAUUUGGGCGACCUUCGAUCCAUCGUACCAACUUCCCAAUCGUAUAUCCAACCGACCCCUCUUUGGUCAAGUCCCAGAGGUAGCAGUGGACAUCUUCGAUUUCCCUGCUCUCGACUCCGAAUCCAUCAAGAGCAUCUGUGGUGCGACGCAAUGGAAUGAGAGCGUGGUAUUCACCUGCAAUGAAUCUGUUGGAGGCAUUGGGAACAUCAAAAACUCGAUUCUGAACUGUGUACGCUAUGCCAUCUCAGCAGGCGCAAGUCUGGUUAUCCCGAGCAUCGUGCUGCGGGACACCAUGGACAUAACGCAGAUAAGGACGGGGGUGAAGACGGAUAUGUCGUUUAUGUUCGACACCCAGCACUUCCUAGAUUCAAUACGGCUCUCGUGUCCCUCGCUGAAAAUCCAUUCAUCGAUAGAGGAUAUCAAGGAUUUCCACAAUCCCCGCGAUGCAAUCUCACUUCUGCCGGAGAGUCUGGUUGAUAACGUUCCAGCCACGGGACUCCCCGAGCCAGCAGCCUGGCGGGGGCAGUUCUACACAUGGCUAGAGCAAUUCUCCACUCCCGAAGUGCCAGGUCCGAUGGUAAUCGACCUCGGACGCUCAUACCUCACCUACCCUAUCUAUUCAGAUGGCGAAGCCUUCGCCCUCUCCUUUGGUUCCAUCCUCAAACCCCGAUCGGACGUCCGCGUCCUUGCAACCAAAACCCUCCAAAGCCUAGCAGAAACCUACUCUCUCAACCUCGACCUAUCCCAGGACAUUCUCCCAAAGGCAUUCUUCGGAGCACAUCUCCGAACCGAAAAAGACGCCGUGGAGGGUUGGCCUGCCCCAGAUUGGGUAUACUCGCGGCACGAAACCCAAUCGAAGGCAUACCUCGAGCAAGCACCGCGGUCAAACUCCUCUAUCGUCUACGUAGCCUCUGGCGACCUUAAUGAAGUUGCAAGAUUCGCCGUCGACGCCUCGAAGGCCUCUGAUGCUUUCACUGUAACAACGAAAUUUGAUCUCUUAAAAGGGAGGGAUUUGGAGGAGUUGCAGGCCUUGAAGUGGGAUCAGCAGUCACUGGUGGACUUUUUGGUGAUGUUGAAGGCGUCUGAUUUUGCGGGGAUUGGACACUCGAGUUUUGCGUGGAACGUGGCGUUGAAGAGACAUGUUUUCGCGGAGUCCAAGAGGCACUUGGAUGGCCCGCAGAUGAUGAGUGAUGAGUUAAGUCAGAUUUAUGGGGAGGUGAGGGGGUAUCCCGAGUAUGCUGCUUGCUUGUGGCCUUGA